UUGCAUAUUUUUGUUAAAAUAGCUACACCCACACGCUAGCUGUCCUGCUACGCGUGACGGAGAUUUCCAAGUACUAGUUCGCCCGGCAAGUUGCGCAAGAAAGUGAACGUUUGUUUAGCUUUAGCGAGCUCCACCGACCGAAUGUGAAAAUGACCAGUUCCAAUCAUGAUUCCAUCAUUAUCCGAACGGUGACACAAAAAUUCCGUGAAGGCGAAUCCGUGCUUGCAAUACUGGAAGCGUACCAAAUCGUCGGAAAUGAUUUCAAAAACCGCUUGCUGGUGACGGUCAGCUCUAGCGAGUCGGCGGCCCUGUUUUCCUUUUCCGUUUCCCGCAGUCCACCGGAAAGCAUUUCCGACCUUACCAUUGGAGCGGUUUUUCCCAUAAAUGAAUCAUUCUACGUCAAUCCAGAAUCCGGGUUCGGUUCAGUGUCAAGUCAUCAGUUUACCAUUUUCUCCGAAAAUCAACCGACCACGUUCUACUAUCAUGCCACCGACGAAAUAAGCAGUUCGAAAGAUCAUUUUUUGGCCUGCCUGAAAGGGCUUAUCGCUUCGUACCACUCCGCGCCCGAACCGGCCCGCUCUUCGGCCGCCUUCCGGUGGCUCCAGUACUACAGGCUGGGCGAAGAACGGACGGGCCAGCUGGCCAUUGACCGCAGCGUGGCAGACGGGAGCCAAGCGCCUAAAACGCGAGAUGCAAAAUUCCGCGAGGAACUCGAACGUCGCCGGCAUGAGUAUAUCGUCCACGAACCGUACCGGGUGUACACGGCUACCUGGAACGUGAACGGGAACACCUCGGAAGACAUUGAGCUGCCGGAGUGGUUGGCAACAACCGACACACCGCCCGAUAUUUACGCGGUCGGGUUUCAGGAGAUCGAGUGGACACCGGAGAAGAUUCUCAUGAACGAAACAAAAAUCGAUCGAACAUGGGUUGAUAAGGUUAUGAGUGGACUCCACAAAGGAGCUAUUUAUACCGAGCUCGCUUCCAUCCGUUUGGUGGGCAUGAUGCUUACCGUGGCUGUAAAAAGUUCUAUUUAUUCGAAGAUAAGCGAUUGCUACACCUCCGCCGUAGGGACUGGAACGCUUAAAUGGGGCAAUAAAGGUGGCGUUGGUGUGAGUUUUCAACUGAAUGAAUCCCUGUUCUGCUUCGUCAACACCCAUCUCGCGGCCCACACGCAGGAGGUGGAACGAAGAAACGAGGAUCAUGACGAAAUCAUCCGGCGGAUGUCGUUCGACAGCGGAUUCCGAAUGCGCUCGAUCGAUGAGCAUCACCACAUAUUCUGGAUCGGCGAUUUAAACUACCGGCUAGAUGGACAGGAUGUGACGCAGGAGUACGUUAACCGUAAGGAUCGCGAUUACAAUCAGCUUUACCAGCACGAUCAGUUGUACGUGGAGAAACGCCGGCACCGUAUCUUUCGCGACUAUAAGGAGGGAAAGAUUCUCUUUCCCCCGACCUACAAAUACAACCCCGGCACGGACGACUGGGACAGUAGCGAAAAGAGCCGCACCCCUGCCUGGUGCGACCGUAUCCUUUGGAAGGGUCAGCGCAUCGAGCUGCUGCGGUACGAGAGCGUAAUGCAACUGCGCCGCAGCGACCACAAGCCAGUGUAUGCCGACUUUACUGUCGAGGUUCAAACUAAGGACCAAGCGAAACUGAAAAAAGUGAGCGAAGAAGUGCUUAAAACUGUCGACAAGUACGAGAAUGAUAAUCAACCGCAAAUUACGGUCGAGCAGACCGACCUCGACUUUGGCCUUAUCCGCUUCAACGAGAAGUACUCCCGGGAGCUGCUGGUGGCGAACAAUUGUCACCUCCCGGUGCGCUUCCGGUUCGCCUGUAAGGACGAUAGCAACAGUCACGUGUGCGAAGAGUUCAUCCACAUCAGCCACACGGCGGGCGAGCUGCUGACCGGCAAUAGCCUUAGCAUCCGUAUCGAUAUAUUAGUUCAUCCGCGGGCCGCCUCACGGAUGCUGCAGAAGCUGCGGGAUGCGCGGGCCGGCUCAAACGUACCGCUCGACAUCCUGGUGCUGCACGUUGAGAAUGGGCGCGACAUAUUCAUCACCAUUUUUGGCGAGUACAAGCCGAGUUGCUUCGGCGUUUCGCUCGAUACACUGAUGAAGCUAAACCGGCCGGUAUCGGCGUACGCGAUCCACGAACUGGUGGCCCUGGCCAAGGAGGAGAAGCUGAUUGAUCUCGUCGGUGACGACGUUGGGGGCACUAAUCUGCGGAUACCGCGCGAAAUCUGGCGCCUGGUGGACUAUCUGCGCAACAUGGGCAUGCAGACGCCGCAGCUGUUCACCCAGCACCGAAGGCAGGUACAGGCGCACGAGCAGAAUCUGCUUGAAAUACGUGACUGGCUCGAUACCUGGUCGACACACGAUUUUCCGGGAACGCCCCACACGGCAGCUGAAGUGUUACUGAUGCUACUCGAGGCCCUCCCGGAACCGGUGGUGACAAUCAGCGAACGAGAGUGCAUCAUCAACUCGGACAACUUUGACCGCUGCAAGGAGCUGUUACGGACGAAGCUGAAAUCCGUCAACCGGUUGGUUUUCUUAUACAUCUGUCUCUUCCUGCAGGAUUUACGCGUGGCGAACGCUUCCGUUCGAAUUGAAGUGAUAGCCACCCUGUUCGGACGUAUCUUUAUCCGCAGUCAGCUCCCAGCAAAGCCGGAAUUUAGUAAUGGCAUUUACGCGUACACGGAAGGUGAACGGGACCAGCGUAGGAGAUUCAUGCUGACGUGCCUCAACGGUAAUCUGCGUGACUUUGCACGAAGCGAAAUGAGCACGCACUGAUCGGACAAAGCUUAGCGGGGUUUGCCAUUGGUACGGAAGAUGCUUUUCAUAGGUUGCAAAAACACUUAAAAUGUAUGAUUACCCAAACACUUAAAAAACACACACACACACACUCACCACUAGAAACCAGAGUGUUUCAAUAAAAUUUGGGAAUUUUGGAAACACUGCUAGAAGCAAUAUUAGCGGUAUACACUGACCCACACACACACACACACGUGUUGACAUGUAAAACCCUUCCCAAAGCAUACACCUGUGGCGGAAAAAAUGAUACAAAAAAAACAAAUAUUCAAGAAAACACCCGCCGCCAUAGUAUUCCUCAUUGUUGUGUGAUGAUGAUGUUGUAUU